AUGGAGCAAAUCAAGACGCCAGCGGCACCGACGACGCACCUGACGUCUAGUAAGAGUAACGCAGAGGAUUCUGCGACGCCCAAGCCACGGUCUGCAAAUUCGAGGCAGGAGCCAAAUCCAUUCGAGACGACGAUCAAAGAGAGGCGGGAGAAAGAAAUCAGCCAACAUAAUACAGCUCCCCAUUUAUCUAGUUCAACCACGGCGACUUCAGCCACCACAUCCGGCGCCAGUACACCGUUGACAAAUACAAAGCCACCGUUCAAAUCUCAAUCCUCAAAGGAUGUUCUUGGCAGUAAGGGAUUGCUCACAGUCAAGGUUAUGGAGGCGAGGAGACUCGCUGUGGUUGAUAGCACAAAAGCACAUUCAUACGUAGUCGUCUCAUUUGAAAACAAUGAAUUUGUUAGUAGAGAGCCAAUCGGUGCAACAGAAGGCGUUGCCAGAGGUUUCCCCAAGAAGUUGGAAUCCACUUUGAAAAGAACGCCAUCAUCCGGUGCUCGUACUCCUACAACUCCAGACCCUACCAACAAAUCAAGCCCACCAGUCACCGGCGUUUUAGGUCAAAACGGAGAUUCUCCGGUAUGGAAGCAUCAAGUCACUUUCGACGUUUCAAGAGAGGAUUCCCCUCUUGAAAUUGCUGUUUACGAUAGAGAUCGCUCAGCACCAAACGUUGCAGCCACUUUAAGCCCUUCAAAUCAAACUGCGGAUGAAAGUCUGGCUAACCUCACCAUUGACCCCCAACCAGGUGAAGACGACAGCGUUGUACACUACUUGGGUUAUGAGGGAGAGAAAUACGUUGGUAGUAAGGAAAUCCGUCCACACCUCGCUCCAGGUGCUGAAAUCGAUCACUGGUAUGAGCUCUCCAGAUUUGGCGAUGAUGGUAAAGAAAUUACAACCGGUGAAAUUCGUUUGCAGAUAUUAUAUGAACGCUUCGCCAAUAAACAUUCUCUCAUUCCGAAAGACUUUGAAUUUCUGAGAUUGAUCGGCAGAGGUACCUUUGGUAGAGUUUUCCAGGUUCGCAAGAAAGAUACUAAGCGUAUUUACGCCAUGAAGGUUCUCUCUAAGAAGGAAAUCAUUGCAAAGAAAGAAGUUGCUCACACUAUUGGAGAGCGUAAGAUUCUGCAAGUAUCGCUGGAGUGUCCAUUCUUAGUUGGUUUGAAGUUCAGCUUCCAGACUGAAAAAGAGCUCUAUUUUGUCACGGAUUACAAAUCUGGUGGUGAGCUUUUCUGGCAUUUACAAAGAGAAGGCAGAUUUAGCGAAGAAAGGGCAAGAUUCUACAUAGCCGAGCUCGUACUUGCACUCGAACACCUCCACAAAUAUGACAUUGUUUACCGUGAUCUUAAACCUGAAAAUAUCUUACUGGAUGCAACUGGUCACGUUGCUUUAUGUGACUUUGGAUUAUCAAAACCUGAUUUACCAGCAGACCAACUCACUUCAACUUUCUGUGGAACAACAGAGUACCUUGCACCUGAGGUACUACUCAAUGACGAUGGAUACUCCAUGCUGGUUGACUUUUGGUCACUAGGAGUGUUGUUGUUUGAGAUGUGUUGUGGUUGGUCACCAUUUUAUGCCGAAGAUACACAACAAAUGUACAAAAACAUAUGCUUCGGGAAGAUUAGAUUCCCAAAGGGAGUUAUUGGAGAUGAAGGAAAGCAAUUUGUCAAAGGUCUUUUAAACAGAAACCCAGAACACAGGAUGGGCAGCAAGAGAGACGCUGCAGAGCUUAAGGAAGAUCCAUUUUUCAAAUCAAUUGACUGGAAUGCACUUGCCAACAGACAGGUCACCCCACCGUUCAAGCCGCUGGUUGAAAGUGAUGAGAGUGUCGCCAACUUUGACACUGAGUUUACAGGUGCUGACAUUAGAGAGCACGGUGUGCCUUGGGAUGACGAUGUUGCUGCUCCAGACAGAGUUGAUGUGGAUGGAAAUGAGGAAGUCUUCAAGCCAGCACUUGGUUCUGGACAUGGAACACCAUCUGGUCAGCACGUGAAUCGCGAGAGCCGUGAAAGCAACAAAGAGCCACGCAAAUCAUUCGAUAAACAAACAGAAAGGCCGCAUGUAUCUGACGACAGGCCAAAAAUUGACGAAAACCCGAUACCUAACGAGAACAACCGCACUCACGAUACUUUUAGAGGAUUCACGUAUACUGGCGAGAGAGAAGGCGAAUGGGCGUCUCUUGAGCAACGGAGAAAAGCCAAAAAGGAGAACGUGUCUGAAGAGUUUGCACUUUCAGAUGACGAGGAGAUUGAUGAUAGCUAG